CAAUGGAUACUCAUCGCCAUAAAUAUCAUUCAGUGACAAGAAACAUUCUCUUUGUGUGGACUUUUAAUGCACUGCCCACGGAGAAAGUUGAUCAACUCUUUGAAUAAGUGGUGAAAAUAAUUUACAGUGAGAACAACGUGAUUUAUGCAAGGAUAAAGAAGCAUUCAAGGAGUGUCAAAUUAUUAUAAAGUGCUGUGAAUUUCAAUAUUCCCAAAAUAACCAUUUGUAUUUUGUUAGAAUUUAAUGAAUAGCAAGUGAAGAAUAAGAAACACAGCAAAAAUCUGUGCCAAGAGUGAAAAGAAUCCGUGUAAAUUAUUCAGAAGAAUAGAGAUAUGAGUUGGUCAAUUUUAUUUACUCUUCUUUUGGGGCUUUUCGAACGUGAAGCAGCUCAAAAUACACCAGAAUUGAAUUAUUCGCCAUGGAGUGGAAUUAAUCGAACAGAGAACAUCACGAUAGGCUUCCUCGCCAGUUAUGUUCACACAAAGGUGGUCUUAGGCGCUCUUCCUCUCGCCGUGGAGGCUGUUAAUAGAGACUCUAGUCUUCUUCCUGGUCAUCGACUCCUCUUCAGGCCGGUGGACAUUGGAAAACCAUCAGCCUCAUCCUAUCGAGCCCAGCCAAUUCGCGCUAUGACACAGAUGAGGGACGAGGGAGUUGCAGCUUUUAUUGGGCCAGACGACAGCUGUACAACUGAAGCUCUAAUAGCGGCCGCAUGGAAUUUACCAAUGAUAUCUUAUAAAUGUACUGAUGCGGCAGUUUCUGACAAGAGUGUCUUCCAGACAUUCAGCCGCACUUUGGCGCCAGCCUCGAAGGUGUCAAAGAGCGUUGUGGCCCUCCUCAGUUCCUUCAAUUGGCACAAAUUUGUCCUGGUCUCCAGUUCGAGGACAACGUGGGGCUUCGAGAUUGCCUUAGCAAUCAAAACACUGGCCGAGGCAGAAAAUCUCACAGUGACAGAUUUUCGUGAAUACUCUGAAUACAUUCCAGCGAAAAUAACAGAACUGCAAAACAUCGUUACUGAGACGUACAAAAAAACACGAAUUUACAUUUUUGUGGGCGAACACAUCGCCAUGGUGGACUUUGUGAGAUGCUUGCAAAACCGAGAUCUCCUCCAGACUGGCGAUUAUAUGGUGAUAUCGGUGGAUGAUGAAAUUUACGAUCCCACCAAGAGGUCCAACAUCAUGGAAAGGGAGUAUUUGGACCCAUACCUCAAGAAAGUACGGAGUCGAGCGUUGGACAUUAAGUCAUUUCACUCGGUACUCAAACUAACACCAUCCUAUCCAUCCAACACGAACUUCAGUCAAAUCAGCGAGAAUAUAAGGAGCUACGCAACGCAGCCACCAUUUAGAGUGCCCUUCCAUCGGACCAUUUUUCGCAACAUUUCCGUCCCCAUCUAUGGUGUCCACCUUUACGACGCCGUUAUGAUCUAUGCUCGAGCAGCGACAGAAGUGAUUAGUGCCGGAGGGAAUAUCUACGAUGCGAAGGCCAUCAUGGAGAGAAUUGUGAAUCGCACAUACCACUCAAUACAGGGAUUCGAUGUUUAUAUCGAUGCCAAUGGCGACGCAGAGGGGAAUUUCACGCUCAUCUCCCUCCAAGAUGAGCUAUCACUGGCUCAAGCUCUCACUUCAGAUGCAGAAGAGCCAAGUCCUACCAGCAACCCGCUCAAGAUGUCAAUGCAGCCGGUGGGAUACUUUGUCUACAGCAGUCCAGCAAAUAUUCCGGAAUUUCGGUACAUCAACCCGCAGCGUACAAUAAAAUGGCUUAAAGGCGUCCCGCGGGCUGAGCCUGUUUGUGGCUUUGAUGAUGAGCUUUGCCAGCCGAAAAAUAAGGAUUGGCGCUAUUUGCUGUCCGGAGUCUGCGUUGCGCUGUUUCUGGCUGUGGCCGGAGCCUUCUUGAUCAAACACUAUCGCUAUGAGCAGACUUUGGCAUGUCUUUUGUGGAAAGUAGACCUCAAAGAAGUGACUUUCAUCACAACUGAGCAUCCAGAUUCAUCCAUCCGCAGCAAAAACCUGGUGCAAACUUGCAGACACAGUUUAAUUACCGGAGGGGGAGACACGUCCAAGAGAGCAUACACCACAAUAGGCCUCUAUCGUGGCAAUAUCGUGGCGGUGAAGAGGAUUCACAAGAGGAGUGUCGACAUCACGCGCGCCAUCAGAAAGGAGCUGAAGCAGAUGCGUGAGGUGAGACAUGAAAACGUGAUUUCCUUCAUUGGUGCCUCCGUAGAUCCCAAUUGUAUCGCCAUUCUCACUUCCUAUUGUCCGCGUGGGAGUCUCGAUGAUGUGCUGAGCAAUGAGGAUCUCUAUCUGGAUAACAUGUUCAUCUCGUCACUCGUCAGUGACAUCCUCAAAGGCAUGAUAUACAUUCAUGAGAGUGAAAUUGUGUCACAUGGCAAUUUGCGGGCUAGUAAUUGCCUCGUGGACUCGAGAUGGGUCUGUCAGAUUACCGACUUUGGCCUCCAUGAAUUCAAGUUAGGACAGGAAGAGCCCAACAGAGAAACUGUGGAAUUGGCGCGAAAUCUUUAUCGUGCGCCAGAACUCUUAAGACACCCAAAUCCACCAAGUCGAGGCACACAGAAAGGUGAUGUCUACAGCUUUGGGGUACUUUUGUAUGAAAUCAUCGGGCGAAAUGGGCCGUGGGGAGAGACGCAAAUGACCAAGGAAGAAAUCAUCCACAAAGUCCGAUCACCUGCCAAUGGAACGUACUACAGACCUCCACUGCGCUUCCUCGAGAUCCCGGAUUACGUGAAGCAGUGCCUCAAAUCGUGCUGGGAUGAGGAUCAAGAGUUGCGGCCGGAUCUGCGCUUAGUGAGAGUGAAGCUAAAGGAAAUGCAAGCAGGAUUGAAGCCAAACAUUUUCGACAAUAUGCUGGCAAUCAUGGAGAAGUAUGCUUACAACCUGGAAGGACUCGUUCAGGAGCGAACGAAUCAACUCACGGAGGAGAAGAAGAAAACAGAAGCCCUCCUGCAUCGCAUGUUGCCGAAAACUGUAGCUGAAUCCCUCAAAAGAGGCGAUCCUGUGGAGGCGGAGUGCUUUGACUGUGUCACAAUUUACUUCAGUGAUUUAGUGGGCUUCACCGAGAUGUGCGUCCAGAGUUCUCCUCUGCAAGUGGUCGAGAUGCUCAAUGACCUCUACACCUGCUGUGACUCCAUCAUCUCGAACUACGACGUGUACAAGGUGGAAACCAUUGGAGAUGCUUACAUGGUCGUCUCUGGCUUGCCCAUUCGCAAUGGGGAUCGCCAUGCCGGCGAGAUUGCCUCCUUGGCUCUGCAUCUCCUCAACAAGAUCUCCAAACUUGAGGUUCGCCAUCGUGCCGGAGAGCUCAUUCAAAUCCGCAUUGGAAUACACUCGGGACAGUGUGUAGCGGGCGUUGUGGGGGUGAAAAUGCCGCGAUAUUGCUUGUUUGGCGACACCGUAAACACCGCCUCGCGAAUGGAGAGCUCCGGCCUCCCACUGAAAAUCCACAUUUCCGAAGCCACUUACGACCUGCUGCAAAAUAUUGGUGGAUACAAAUUCGAGGAAAGAGGAUUGAUCCAGAUAAAGGGCAAAGGCGAAAUGAGAACCUAUUGGCUCCUGAGUGAGGACAUCAACAAGAAAAUCGAGCGCUUUGGUUCCAGUGACUUUGAUGAAACAUUCUACCAUCGCGUCGCUCCCGAUUUGAUCUGCACCACUGAACCCGAACCAAUGAAGAACAGCACACCGAACAAUUCCUAUUCGUCACUGAAUCAGCGCGCCAGAAUGUCUUACUCCAGCAUUUUGUCCUACAAUGGUGGCGGCGAUAAGCAGAUGCCCGUCGGGAACUUCUCCAAGGCACUGAGCAACGAUUUGGUGGUAAACUCCUGCUACAUCUGCCAGCAGAAGAAGAGUCUCCAGCAGACAGAGUGCCAGAGACAGCACAGGCAAAUGUACGAUAUCUACAGAAUCUCCUCCGAAUGCAUGGACAGUCCCACAGAGUUCAGCCACUGUCCGUGCUAUUGUUCCAAUCAGAGGAACUUCAUGAAGAGAUACGACAGUGUUAUACGAGAAAUCAGAGCCCCACAGUCUGCGCCUCACAUCACCUUCAUGCAGUGAGAGA